GACCGGACUAGAAGGUGUAGGGAGAAAAUGGCUCUGCCCGUAAGGAGUUGCUGUGUUAGGGCUCACGGGGUUCUGUCCCGUUUUCUCAGGCACGGUAGCGGCUCUUCGUCGUUGAUCCCGGUGGUUAUCAAGAGGCUGCCCUCCGCCUCAGCGGCCUGUGGGCUGGGCCGAGCCCCGGCCUUCUCCACCGCCAGACUGUACAGCUCGGAGCCGCAGAGGACGAACCAGAAAAUGGUGGUAGUUGGGAUACCAAACCCGUUCAUCUGGUUCCGAACCCGCGUCUACUACUUCUUAAUCCGGGCAUAUUUCGAUCAGGAGUUUAAUAUCGACGACUUCACCGAGGGGGCAAAACACGCAUUUGCUCGGGUGUCAAAGCUGCUAUCCCAGUGUAAAUUUGAAGCUCUGGAGGGACUCGUAGCGAAGGAUGUGCUGGAGCGGCUGCAGCAGCAGUGCCCCCUCCUCCCCCAGACUCACCAGCAGGCCCUGGCAGCUGACAUGAGUGACAUCAUGUACACCACUCCGGGGGAUGUGGGCAUUUACUACGAUGACAACGGGCGCAAGUUUGUCAGUAUCCUCAUGCGAUUCUGGUACCUGACCAGCGCCCGGCUUCCAGAGGAGACCCCCGAGGGCACCAAGGUGUUCCAGGUGGCGUUCGGAGAGGAGGAGAGGGGCGAGGAGACCAAGAGGCUACUCACAGCCAAUUACGAGUUUCAAAGGGAGUUCACUAAGGGUGUGUUGCCAGACUGGACAAUCACACGUGUCGAGCACUCCAAGCUGCUGGACUGACAAGGACAGGAGCCUGUCCCCUCUGCCUGGGACAACUCGCUGACCCCAGAGCAGCUCGUGACUGCCUAGAGAUCCACUCUUGGUUUGCCAUGACUCGUGGAUACACACACAGCAACUCUGGGGCUUUGGAGAGGGUCUCCAGCUGAUUGAAGUCCUUUAUCUAGGGAAAGGGGAGCCUGCUGGCCAUCUGUAUUGUAUUCAACACACUGAGAGGGACUGUAAAGGAAAAUAAAUAGUUCUAUUUUAUGCACUAUUUUUGUGAAAUGAGAAAAACAGAAUGUCUGCUCCAAAAUGUAUGUUUACUCAUGAGUUAAAAAACAUGCAGGAGCACUGGUACUCCCCUGUGGAUCUCUUGGUCCUUUCCAGCCCAGGGAUCCAGUUGAUUUAAAACAGUCCAGAGCCGUGUCCCUACCGGGCCUUUAACGGUUAAAUUGAACCGAGGUGUUCAGUUGAGUCAUUGAGGUCCGGGUUUGGAAUGGACUGAAAGUGCCACAGGUAAGUUCCACUGCUUUGCGUUUCCAUCACAUUGGUGCUGGUUCACUCUUCGGCUUUGUAUUGAACUGGAGUUUGUUACAGUGUGAUCAGGUUUGGAUUGGACGAUGUCUGUGAGAGUUUAAAGCCGCGGAAAGGAGCAAGUCAAAACUGGUCAGUAUCCACCAGGGAUGUGCAAAUUAAAUAAAAUACAACCUUACCUUUAACCCUACUGUAUUUCUAUACUUUCUGCUGGUGCAUACUGCCCCCAGCUGGCUUAAUGUUGUAAGUGCAAGAGCAGGGGUAGGCAGUCUUGGCAAUUUCACUGUGGUCCAAUGCAGGACUUUGUUCCAACCAGGUCCUUAAUUCUGCUGUUGGCCUUGCUGCUGCUGAUUAUUAAUGAAAGUUAAAUUGUUAUUAACUCCACCUGCCUAGAACAGUAUAAACAGUCUAUUUUGUUGUUGCAUAAUACAUUGCAAGUAAAACCUUUUGUCCUGCGCAACGAGCAUUCCUAUUGCAAGAACCCAAGGACCAGUGUCAAAAGCUAUACUAGCACACAUUUGUAAUGAUAAAUGCAAACAUGACUGGAUAUAUGGAAAUAUAUACAUUAAUGUGAACCAGUGCCAGGUAUUAAGGUACUAAUUCAAUACAUUGGACCAGGGUUGGGAUUAGAGAUGUGCUGAUUUGAGAAACAGUGUAUUUCUAUAUAAUGUUAUGCCUCCUGAUAUUUUGGUUCAGGCAGCGAGUAACACCUCAAAGAGGAGUACGUUUAGCAGCAAUGUCAUGAACAUCUCUGGGUGCAGCCAGCAAAAAAAAAAAAAAAAAAAAAAAAAAAAAA